CUUUUAACAGUUUUCAACAACUCACAUUUACAAAUAUGGCCAAAGUGAAAUAUUUAGUGCAGAAAUAGAUGUAAUAUAAAUUAUUUUGAUAUUAAAGUACAUUGCAAACGUGUCAAAAACUAUUUAGCAUACUGAAACUGGUUUUAAGAUACUGCGUGCCGGUGAUACGAACGUACCAACUCGGUGAAAAUGUGCAGCGUUUGAAUAUUUGAGUGUUUUCUUAGCUGUGUGUAGAAUUACCUACGAAGUUGAUCUCGCGUCAGUCGCUAAAAAUAACAUUAGAUGAAGAAGUGAGUGCACUGCGUAGAUAAUCGUUAAUUGUACGUGUGAAUUCGAUACAAUGUCAUGAUAAGUUUCAUGCAAAGAUGAGGAAUAAGAGAGGUGCGAGAUGUCAGAGUAAAUUGCAUCGAUUGUUUUAUUCAUUUGGAGGGGCGGUGUGUGAGUGCCGCACCGCCAUGUCGCACCACAGCGACGAGCAGGCGCUGCUGAGCGUGACGUCGGACUCGUUCUGGGAGCCGGGCAACUACAAGCGGACGACCAAGAGGGUGGACGACGGCCACCGGCUGUGCGGGGAGCUGCAGGCGCUGGUUCAGGAGCGCGCCGACAUCGAGAAGACCUACGCCAAGAGUCUGCGCGGCUGGGCCAAGAAGUGGAACGACCUCAUUGAGAAAGGACCCGAGUACGGCACCAUGGAGGCGGCGUGGAAGGGCGGCAUGGUGGAAGCCGAGCGGCUAUCCGACCUGCACCUCACUGUGAAGGACCGCCUCGUCAACGAAGUCAUGUCACAGAUCAAGAACUGGCAGAAGGAUACCUAUCACAAGUCAAUGAUCCAGCUGAAAGAAAGGAAAGAGAUGGACGAAGCGUUCAAGAAAGCACAGAAGCCGUGGGCGAAGUUGCUGCAGAAGGUUGAGAGAGCGAGGCUGGAGUACCACACCGCGUGCAAGCAGGAGAGGACGGCGCAAAACCAGGAGAGGAAUGCGAGUGGGGAUAGUUCACUUAGUCCAGACCAGGUAAAGAAAAUGGCGGAACGCGUAUCAAAGUGUCGCGACGACGUGGCAAAGAGCCGGGAUAAGUACCAGGCGGCGCUUGCUGAGAUCACGUCGUACAACCCGCGCUACAUCGAGGACAUGACUGGUGUGUUCGACCGCUGCCAGCAGAUGGAGGCGCAGCGGCUGACCUUCUUCAAGGACGUGCUGUUCACCUUCCACAAGUGCCUCAACAUCAGCCAGGAUCCUACAUUACCACAAAUAUACGAAGAAUUCCACCACACAAUAAACAACGCCGAUCACCAGAAGGACCUCAAAUGGUGGGCAAACAAUCAUGGAAUUAAUAUGGCCAUGGCGUGGCCCCAGUUCGAGGAAUACACGGAGGAGUUCCGGGACAUCGCCAAGGGCAAGUCGAAGGAGAGCCUGCCGACCGGACCAAUCACUCUGCUGAACCAGCGGCCCGUCAGCGAAGACGAGCUUCCACCGAUCAUAAACAACAAGUCUAGCAAAGUCGCGAUGGAUCCGCCCAUUGUCAACAACACGGCGUCACAGAACAACACUGCCAACAAUACCAUAGACAAGAAAUCAAUCAGUGCACCAAUCGCUGUCACUAACGGAACAGCAACGGCGCCGAAAUCUAACAAGACAUCACCAGCCAAAGAGCCGAGUCGACAGCCACAGCAACAGCAGCAGCAGUCGCAGCAGCAACAGCAAGAGAACCCGUUCGAGGAAGAGGACUGGGACGAGGAGUCUGCGGGCGCGCUCACUGACACCGGCGAGCCGGGAGUGGCCGUACGAGCGCUCUAUGACUACACCGGGGCUGAGAGUGACGAACUGAGCUUCAGACAAGGUGAUUUAUUCGAAAAAUUAGAAGAUGAAGACGAGCAAGGCUGGUGUAAGGGCCGCAAAGAUGGACGGGUGGGACUGUAUCCAGCCAACUACGUGGAACCCGUAGGGCACUAACAGACGACAAGAGCGGGGCGACCGAGCACCCCAACGACCAUCGCCUCACACUCUGUUACGAUAUGAAGAUGGCGCUUGAAAGAUAGUGUAGCAGAAUGUACCAUUAUAAUUUUAACAACUAUUAAUUCAUAUCAUUGGUGAUGAGUCGGUCUUUCAUUUAAUUGAAAGACCGACUCAUCGUGCUCUAGAUUACCUAACUUACAACACCAAUAAAGUUAUAAUAAAAUCUUAUAUUUUAUUAUAAACACUUAUUAUUAAGUUAAAAAGAACUUAAUCGUGAAAAAUUGCUGUGUGUAGCAGCAAUUAAUCGCCCCCCAGUCAAGUAUUUACCAUCACAUUAUGAAAGAUUCACAUUCUUAAAACAAGUCGCAAAUUAAAUAAAUAUUCGUUAAUAGAGUUGUAAUGACGUAGACGAGAACUUCAAAGUUCAAAUGGAAUUUGUUCCAACAUGCACUAAACGUACUACCGCAAGAUGUAGUACUUAGUGUUCUGAAUAUAUACAAUAUACACACAUGUUGGCACGCACCUGCGUACCACAAUAACGUAGACGUACGCACUGGAUCGUUUCAUGCUACUAUUACCACUACUUACUCAUACAGGACUAACUAUAGUCCUGUAUGAGUGAUCGAAUGAAUAAUAAAUAAUCCGGUGUAAUUAACAAUCAAAUAUUUAUUUAAAAAUGUUAAAGUGUUGUACGAAUAAUUUGGACUAUUUUUUAUUGUUUAUAUUCAAAAUAAGCCAAUUCGCCGAAAACACCAAUGGCAUAUACAAUAUAAUCAGAAAUAUUUAUUUUGUUUUGAAUAAUUUUAUACUUUAUUACGAUGAUUGUAAGUAAUUCACAACUAUACAUAAAAUAACGACGUAAACUUAUUUUCAUAAAAUAUAGUUGCUCUUAUUUUCAUAUAAGUUUUUUCCUUGGCCUAGAGAUAAUAUGUUAAAGAUUUGACGUGGUCUUGAAAAUUUAUAUAUUAUUGCAAAUAUAUUUUAUAGUUCGUUAGAAAGUGCAUGAAGUUAGUUACGAUUUUAUUAAUUUGCUAGAACACUCGUAAACGGUUUAUAUUUUACAGAUAAAAUUCGUGCAAAUAUAUAUAUGGAGAGAUAUAACGUUUAUUUUAUUGGGGAAAAAUUCGCCAAUUAAUUAUUAUUUAUUUAUUAUCAGAAUGUUUUACACCGCACGAGUCUUAAAUCAUAAAGAAUUGCUUAAUUUCUCACGAUACCAUUGUAACGUUAAAACGGACAAAUCUGUGAGAGAUAAAGUGGUUGAGCGGCCAUUAAUUGUUUCCUUCCAGAAGUAGGCCACAUACUGUAUCUCUUUCUAGAGAUCGAACAAAUUUUGUACGUGUAUUGCUUAGUCCAUUGUCUGGAAGUAAUGUUAAAAUGACGACAAGGCCGUAAAACAAACAGGAAAAUAAAAUUUGGGUUUCCAUUUUGGAGUUCUCCGGCAUUGGUCAAUAUUUAAUUGUAGACACAACAGCGCCCCUAGUGGAAUUUUGUGUUACUAAUAUUUCCAUUUAAGUAUUUGACGCUGAGAGUUGAUCGUAGAAGAAUAAAGAGACGUGAAAGGCGGAACUAAUAUUGAUUGCAAUGAGGACAGUGUAUCUACUACUUUGGACCUAAUUGUAAGUGAGGGAUUGACUGUAUUCGUAACUGAGAAAGUAACUUAGAAUAUAAUCUCAUACGGCAUCAAAACUGGCGGAUUUUAUGAAUUGGACUUCAAUAUUCACCUUAGAAUUACGUACACGCGUGUGUACAUAUAAAAUGAUAAAAUGAAUGAAAUUUACAUUUUGUGUAUUUAAUGUUUUAUCAUUUUGUGCGUCAGUUUUGGUUAAAAUGUAAGAAUGGUGAAUUUAAUAAGAUUUGAUUAUUUUGACCAGGAGGUGGAUGGAAUAGUUACCGAUUCUCAUGUGACGACAUAAAAAUAUUAUUAAGUUCAAAAUCAGAAAGUAGAAAGGUCAGUUGUGGUUACUUCGGAUGUGAAAAUUAAAUUUUUCUUAAAAUAUAAUAUGAUCAAAUAACUGCGUGACCUGUAUAAUACUUUCAAAUAGAUGUUUGAUUCAAAUAAUAACAGUUUUUGCAAUAAACGAAUACCCUAGUAAGGUUUUGUACAUAAUAUACAAAUAAAUAAACGGUACUAAACCGUAUGAACCGUAGUCGCCCCGUCGUGGUAUGUGAAAGUCGUCGCCAUAUCUGCGAUGUCACAUCGUGGAGAAAUAAGUAACUUAGAGAAGCCAAAAAUAUCGUAACAGUCGUACGCGCAUCGUGCCGUGUGACGUCAUAGUACACGCGCGUCAACUCUGUACAUACACAGUUACAUAAACGUCUUGAGUAUAGAUUAUUUAUUACCUGAUGUAUAUAAAUGUAUAAUUUGGGGCGCGACAAAUGGCCCCCCUGUACGCGUAUGGCCUAAAUAGGCCUAAUAAACGAAUAUAUAGCUUAUGCGAGGUGCUAUGUUUCUGUUACCCGCUUACAGUGGCGCCAUCUUGUCGCUGUAGAUAUAACCUUAAUAUAUUGAUAAUGUAUUCCUUUUACUUUUCUUUUUUACCUCGUUUUAAAUUGUUGUGUACGUAUUGUAAUCUAUAGUUAUAGAAACUGGAGUCAUUUUAGUCGAGGCUGAGUUGUAACACUUGACUUGUGAUGUGCGGUAGAUGUAGGAUUAUUGUUUUGUUUGUUAUAGGUUGGGAGGCCGCUGUGAAAUUCAUUGUAUUAUAUUAUUAUCAGAGAGAUGGUGGGCAUGGACCACUUAUGUUAAUAUAUUAUUAAUAUUUGGUAAAAUAAAUUGUUACAUAUGA